AUGGCGACGCGAGACUUGACGCGCUCGUUCCUGCAGCUGCGCGCGGAUGAGAAGGCCAAGGUGCUGCGGCGCAAGAACAUCGUGAGCCACCGCGAGGAGGGCAAUGCGCUCAUGAAGAGCGCGGAGCAGGAGGCCACCAGCGUCGCCAUCGCCCCCGGCUGGGUGGACGUCGUGAACGGCACCAACCAGCACGUGGCGCGCAUCAAGGAGAUGAUGGAGAAGCUGAACAAGCUGCACACGAGUCGCCUCAUGGUGCGCUUCGACGGGUCCGAGUCCAAGUACGAGCAGGAGAUCGACCACGUCACGCAGGAGAUCACGGACGAGUUCCGCAGCGCCGAGAAGGGGCUGCGGCGGAUGGCUCAGAGCGACAGGAACGGCGAGUUCUCGGCCGCAGACGCCAAGACUAGGCAAAAUGUGCAGCGGGCAUUGGCGACGCAGCUUCAGACGCUGUCGGGAGACUUCCGAAAAUCGCAGAAGACGUACCUCGCGCGUGUAAAGAACCAGAAGGAGGGCCCGGUAGAGUUUGACUUUCUCGCAGAAAAUGAGGCCAGGCAGAAACGACGUGGAGGGGCUGAUACGGGAUUCACUCAGGCUCAGAUCACGGAGGUGGAAAUCGCCGAGGACGUCAUCAACGAGCGCGACCAGGAGAUCCAGCGCAUUGCCACGUCCAUCACGGAGCUGGCUACAAUAUUUAAGGAGCUCGCGGUGCUCGUGAUCGACCAGGGCACGAUCCUGGACCGCAUCGACUACAACAUGGAGCAGGUGGUGGAGCAGACGGAGAAGGGCAUCGAGGAGCUCGAGAAGGCCGAGGAGACGCAGAAGAACAGCCGCCCCAUGAAGUGCAUCGGCCUGCUGCUCGUCAUGAUCUUCAUCAUGACAGUGCUGCUCGUGCUCAAACACUCGUAG